UGUUUACAACACUAGCAUUGAAGGAAAUCCAAACCUCUGUUCUUCCGGUUCAUGCAACAAAAAGAAAAAUAGCAUCAUGUUACCAGUUGUUGCAUCACUUGCUUCUUUGGCUGCUAUAAUAGCAAUGAUCGCUCUUCUUUUUGUUUGUAUUAAAAGACGCCCAUCAAGCGGAAAAGGUCCAUCAUCAAGCCAACAAUCAAUAGUAACAAAAAAGAGAAGAUAUACAUAUGCCGAAGUCCUUGCGAUGACAAAUAACUUUGAAAGAGUUUUGGGUAAAGGAGGGUUUGGGAUGGUCUACCAUGGUUAUAUAAAUGGUACAGAAGAAGUAGCGGUUAAGCUACUCUCUCCAUCAUCAGCUCAAGGCUAUAAAGAGUUCAAAACAGAGGGAGAACUUCUUCUAAGGGUUUACCACACAAAUCUGGUAAGUCUUGUUGGAUACUGCGAUGAAAAAGAUCGCUUGGCCCUCAUCUACCAGUACAUGGCCAAUGGCGAUUUGAAACAACAUUUGUCAGGUAACACAUGUAAACUCAUAUAUCAUAAUGGAUGUUGA